CAUCCGGGCAUUUACAAUGAAAGAAUGCAUUCUCUUUUACUGAUAAUUUCAGGGUUGCAUGGCAACAAAAUAAACAACAACACAACAAACACUGGAACAAAUGCCUGCUGAACAGUUGAUUUUCAUCGUGAAGUCUCAAAAGAACCUCUCCCUUAAUCAUACUGAGAAGGCGGUCUUCUGUGCAGCUAUGACACGACUGUAACCGGUCGGAAUACUAAUCUUACUGCGACACACCUUCUUGCCAGACCAAGAUCCUAGGGAUCGUCGUUAUUUUACAGCCAAGGUAGUGGAGAAUAAUUGUGAUUUCUUGAUACGCGGAUGAUGGAAGGUUUCCAAAUGAAAGCUGGAAUCGAGGGUAAAGAGAAGAGAAUGGAGGCUGUUCUGCUCUCGGAGACGGAGAUCAAACGCGGCUCCAUGGCAGAAGAGGAUCCGAAUGGCAAUGAGCACGGAGCGGCUGCUUGUACUAGUCGAGCCCCGCGGUGGGGACCGCAGCACGCUGGGGCCCGGCAGCUAGCUGAGCUCUACUCGCCCGGAAAACGAUUACAGGAAUGGAUCAGCGUCAUCUUGUGUCUCUCCCUUGUAACGAUCAACUUUAUUUUCCUGUUGAUAAACUUUUCCACAGUUUAUAUUUACAAAAUUAUAAUCGGCACAAUUGCUGGGAUAGUUACUGCUGAUUUUGCCUCCGGUCUGGUGCACUGGGGAGCGGACACGUGGGGCUCUGUUGACAUCCCGGUCAUUGGGAAGGCAUUUAUACGGCCGUUCAGAGAGCACCACAUUGACCCCACUGCAAUAACCCGACACGACUUCAUCGAGACCAACGGGGAUAACUGCAUGAUCCCCCUCCUCCCGCUGGCUCACAUGGCAUACACGUUCAUGAGCCACUCCCCAGAGUCUAUAGCCGAGUCCUACCCCUGGGAGUGCUUUGUCUUCGCACUGUCUGUUUUCGUCUUGAUGACCAAUCAGAUUCACAAGUGGUCCCACAUGUACUUCGGUCUCCCUCUCUGGGUCACUAUCCUGCAGGAUCUGCACAUCAUCCUGCCGAGAAAGCACCACCGCAUCCAUCACGUGUCGCCCCAUGAGACCUACUUCUGCAUCACCACAGGUUGGCUCAAUUACCCUCUUCACUGUGUGGGGUUUUGGAGACGGAUGGAAGACUUGAUAGAGAGGCUAACAGGAAACAAACCCCGGAGCGAUGACCUGAAGUGGGCACAGAAAUCAGAAUAAGACUUCAACAGAGAGCCUUUCUGUAGCAGGAGAACGCAGAGCACCUUGAAGAACACCUGUCAGAGCGGAACGAGCAGCGUUUAGAGCAGAGAUAGGAGUCGAGGACGUAUACUCACUAAAACACUGUAGCUUGCAAAUGAAAGAGACUUUCAAAGUCUUUGUCAGUUUCAACAUGAAAGAUAUUGACAGAUUUCAAAUGCUGGUCACGCUUUAGUUCAAGGAUCUGUUUUGUAUAACCGUCUCAUACAGUAAGGUUUGAAUGGAACGUGACUUAUGUAAAGCUGUCAGAGUCAUUGUAACGUUUCUCAGUAAACCCUUGGUUAAGUCUGUCUGAUCUCAUAUUUACAUAUCUACGACUGCUUGUUCAUAAUGGACCCUUAACCCUAAUGUAAUCGCAAACGGAAUAUCCAUUUCAUUUAGGAAAGAAAUGUCUUAUAUUUAGAAGCAAAAAAUAAUAAAAUGAUGUUUAACAUAUCCUUUUAUAAUAAAGGAACCAAUAUGGCCAAAUAAUAAUAAUAAUAAUAACAUGAAUGCAGUUAGCCGCUGUGGUCUUUUUCAAUGUUAACAGGGCAGCGUGUGAAGCUCAUGUUGUUGAAAGCCUAUAUCAUGCAUAUCUUGUGAAUACAGAAGGGAGGGUGGGGUGGCUUCUGUCCAUUGCCACUGGGAUUCACAGUCCUGUUGUCUGGGGUAGUUCUGUGGUUAGUAUUGUAUGUUGACUCGUGUUUGGUAGCUAAACUAAGCAGCAUUGUAAUAAUAAAACUUUAUAGAAAGAGAGACUGGAAGAUGGGCUCUCCAGAUAAAACACAAAGCUUUGCUAUCUUGCACGUGCAGUAAAAUUACAAAACAAAGUGUUCUCACGGAAGGGCUUUCAAAGCUAAAUAAGAAUAAUCGUAAUAUUCGUGAUGAUAAAAUAAAGGCUUUACAAUGUUGCACACCAACUUCAUAUUAACAUGUACUGUAAACAUUAAUUUAUUGGGUUUUUUGUUUGUUUGUUUUUUUUCAAUUUAAUUUUGAGAUUUUGUUACAUUUUCAACCGGCUUUGUAUUAUUACCAAGCAAACUAGAGCUGUUAAAUGCUGGUCAGCCUUAACUCCUGUUCUGUUGAUUGUAUGAAACAUAUUUAAUAAGAAUAAAGGAAAGUACUUCAGA